UCUACCUUACUAUGACAUUUUUGGCGGCGUCAGCGCCCUAACACGAGAGCAAUUUGAAACCGUCAACGGCUUUCCAAAUAACUUCUGGAGUUGGGGCGGCGAAGAUGAUGAUCUAAACAUUGGUAAACUGAACCACCAGGAAAGCUUUGCCACGAAUGGCCUCAACAGCAUUGAGUACCGCCUGCUAAAUGUCACCCUCCACCGACUGUACACCUGGGUUCUCGUUGAUAUUGGCACUCCUCAUACG